AUGUGUUGGGUGGCUUGGGACAAACUCACAGCACCUAAAACUUUGGGAGGGCUCGGCAUACGGUACAUACAAGCUUUUAACACAGCGCUUUUAGCGAAACAGGCCUGGAGGAUUGUCUCGAAACCAGACUGCCUACUCUCCAGGGUACUUAGAGCCAAAUAUUGCGGUCGAGACCAUUUCUUGAAGGUGGAAGCGCCGAAAGCAGCGUCUCAUGGCUGGCGGGGAAUUUUAACGGGAAGAGACCUCCUGGUUACUAACCUCAGCAGAGCUAUAGGUAACGGGGAAAGCACGAGGGUCUGGAAGGACCCGUGGCUUAGUACUCUGAGCCCGGUUAGACCCAUAGGACCAGCGAGAGAAGAAGACCAAGACCUUGUAGUGGCUGACCUUAUAUGCAGAGGGAGUAAUGAGUGGAAUGUCCAGAGAGUUGAGAGAGUGCUUCCACAGUACCUCAACGAUAUACUACGCAUUAAACCGAGCAUAUUAGGGAGUCAAGACUCUUAUGUCUGGCUAGCAGCACGAUCAGGAAGCUACUCUGCUAAGUCUGGCUACCAUGUAGCUAUUUCUAUGGAACUACAAGAACAAAGGGAUCCUGAGGACCUGCCAAUGGAUCAGAAUCUUUACAAGACCAUUUGGGCUAGUAAAGUUUCACCUAAACUCCAACUCUUCCUGUGGAGAAUCACGCAAGGAGCUUUAGCCCUUGGAGAGAACCUAGCUAGGCGACGCAUAAUGAAUAACACCUCCUGUCGCCACUGCGGAGAACCAGAAACUGCAACGCACGUUUUCUUACAUUGUCCUCUCACUCGCCGAGUAUGGUCUACAAACAUUUGGGAAUCUAACUUUAACCCAUCGGAAUGCAAUACCUUUGAAGAGGCUUUCUUAAGGGCAGCUGAAGCUACUAACCUCCCACCGAUAGGAAUAGCAGGACCUCUAUUCCCUUGGAUCUGCUGGGAUAUUUGGACUGCUAGAAACUACAGGAUCUUUGAAAACAAAAUCCCUUCACCAGAUGAGAUCAUCUCGAAAGCCCUUCGAGCAGCAAGAGAGUGGAAUGCAGCGCAAUCAACCCCAGAACCAGGAUCAUCAGCUCAGCGCCAGCAUACGCUACAACCAUCGUCGACCUUCACAUCUAUUGCUUGCUUCACUGAUGCAGCUUGGCAGGCGGGCACAAACAAAGCAGGAUGCGGAUGGAUCUUCCCGGACUGUCGCAAUGAAGGCCUAUGUCAGAGAACCAAGACCUUCUCCUACAUCUCAUCAGCGCUGAUGGCGGAAGCGAUGGCGGUCAGGUCAGCACUUAUCAACGCCCGUGAAAUGGGCUUCUCCAAAAUCUGUAUCAAAUCAGAUUGUCAAGCACUAGUUGCUAUCAUCUCCUCGAAUCAGCACCCGGCGGAUCUCCACGGAAUCACUCGGGACAUCGAGCAUCUAUCUCUUUCCUUUGAUUGUAUCUCCUAUGUUUUUAUUUUGAGAAACCUGAACUUUGUGGCUGAUGCCCUCGCAAAAUCUGCUCUGUACUCUGUUUCUACCAACUAG